GAGAAAAAAUGCCUUCCAGAUCUAGAGUGUGGGGUGUCUAAGGUGGUCAACCYGAUAAGAUCAUGAAAGGGGAGAUUGAAGCUGAAGGCGGUUGGCCAAAAUGCCAGAGGAGAUGGCGGACGGUGGGAGGAAGCUUCUGACUCUCGAUGACCUCAUCGACGUCCUGGACAAGCGUGAGAGGGCGCCAAGCAACGUCCCAAAGGUCGAGACAUUCCACUUCAAGCGGGACCGGGUAUCUGAUUGGUUGGAUCUGACGGAGCAGGCGCUGGUGGGACUGUCAGAUGAGGUCAAGCUCCAACGGGGCCUGAGGUAYGUCCUGCACAGUCACCAUGGGGAAGUAACUAAGGUUGUGGACGCCGCCGGUGGCAGUAGGGCAAGGAGGAGGACCGRAGGGCGGAACAGAGGGCCAAAAAGAGGGGCUCAGGGAGGGGCAGAGCUGAGCCUGCAUGAUGGCGUGCCAAAGAGGAAAAAGUACGCAGUCCGACUGGAGGAAGGCUUUGACGUGGAGCGAAUGGUGGACAAGCUCCUGGAAGGCCAUAACGAUUUGAUGAAUCUAAAGGACAUUUUGGCCUCGGCACCAAGGCUCCGUGGUGAGCUAAAAGGGCGGCUCUCGCGAAGAUUAGUGCCCAAUGUCCACCUGAGCUCAAUUCUGCCGAGGGAGAUGGAGUGGACAGAGGCAGGCACCAGGAUGGAUUGGAAAUGUGUGGCAUGUGGGUUGGUGGACUUGAAGGUGAGGGACCAGCCGAGCAUCGCAAUGGUGGACACGGGCGCGGAGAUGAACAGCAUCCGGGAGCGGGACGCGACCAUGUUGGGGUUGGAGGUCGACCAUUCGGACCAUGGCGUGUUGCAUGGCGCCAAUUGUAAGGCCAUUUUUUGCGGCACCCCGUCUAAUGUGAUGGWGGAGAUUGGGAGAGUAAGGGCGCGAACGUGCUUCUUCGUCAUGCCCGACGUCGACCACCCUAUUCUUCUGGGGAGGUCGUUCCUCUGCCGGACGGAAACCUUGGUCUUCAACAGGCAUGAGGGGACGAUGAUCCUGACCCUAUCUGAUCCGGGAAACUAUGAAAUCAUCAAGUGCCGGAACACAGGGCCCGGAAGUGCAAGGAAUAGGCUCAACCUCGACUCCUUUACCUUUGAGGAGUCGGAGUACGCGCGGCGGAGACUCCGGGAGGAACAAGAGGGGGAAGGAGUAUGCGAGGUGCUGUCCUUGAGCCUGAAUGAUGUAAAUAAGGCAAUGGAGGUGGUGGCGGC